AUGCAUCGCACCUAUUCUAUGCGCCAGACGAGGGCGCCCACCGCUUCCCAAAUCCAAAACCCGCCUCCUCCUCCAUCGUCGACUAAGUCUGGACGCCUGUUUGGCCGAGGCAGCCUCGGCCAUGCCCUCCGCCACAGGUCCGCCGGUGCCUUUGGCCCGGACCUUGCGAAGAAGCUGUCCCAGCUCGUCAAGAUGGAGAAAAACGUCAUGCGCAGCCUCGAAACUGUAGCGAGAGAACGGAUGGACGUUGCUCAACAACUUUCUCUGUGGGGCGAGGCCGGCGACGAGGACGUGUCCGACAUUACAGACAAGCUUGGUGUUCUGCUCUACGAGGUCGGCGAGCUUGAAGAUCAAUACGUCGACCGGUACGACCAGUAUCGAGUCACUAUAAAAAGCAUUCGCAACAUCGAGGCGUCCGUUCAACCCAGUCGCGACCGAAAGCAAAAGAUUACCGAUCAAAUCGCCCAUCUGAAAUACAAGGAGCCCAAUUCUCCCAAGAUUGUCGUUUUGGAGCAGGAGCUUGUUCGAGCCGAGGCCGAGUCGCUCGUCGCCGAGGCGCAGCUUUCCAACAUCACGCGCGAGAAGAUCAAGGCUGCAUACACGUACCAGUUCGAUGCCCUGCGCGAGCACUGCGAAAAGGUGGCCAUCAUCGCCGGCUACGGCAAGCACCUGCUCGAGCUCAUUGACGACACCCCCGUGACACCGGGCGAAACCCGCCAGGCGUAUGAUGGCUAUGAGGCCAGUAAAGCCAUCAUCCAGGACUGCGAGGACGCCCUGACCAAUUGGGUCUCUUCGAACGCUGCCGUGUCCUCGAAGCUGUCUACCCGAUCGCGCACUCUGUCCCAGCGCCGCCGGAACAACCUGAACGACAUGAACAAAACCCGUGCGAUGGAGGGGCAUGACCUCUCAGCGCAGGAUCGCCCUCUCAACGAUGACUCCUCAUGGAUGCCUGCGUCCCGCAACAAGGAUAUGGAGGAAUAUUCCGACGAAGAAGAGCUGGAUGAGGCUGACCACCGGGAUUCAGUCCCGGAAAGCGACGGAGGCUUGAAUAGCGAGACCAGGGGACGUCAGCAGGAGGUCAUCGCCGCAUAA